AGGCUUCGCAGCCGAUGGCAGUCGCUCGACCGCCUCAAGUCGGUAGUAUCGUCGUUAAAAUAAAUCAUUCAACUUAAAAUCGAUAAAUAAAUAAAUUAAAAAAAAAACGAACGAAUAUUCGAAAAACAAAUUUUGUAUUAAAAGUCUAUGUACCAUCGUUUGUUGGUGUACUGAGUGAUUAUAGAUGGUUUUGGUGUUUUGUGAUCCGCUGGAACUGUGUUACAUUUAAAGUCCCGUUGCCCAUAACAGAAUCACGUAUUGAAAAUUGCAAUAGUAAUAGUAAAUUAUUUUCUAUUGAUCAUGGAGAUAACAAAAACAAAGGACUAUCAAAUAGGAUGACCUUGGUUUAAUUGAAGACGUGACGCGAUGUCGCAGUCCGCGCUGGGGUUGGGCGGAGAGCGGCGUUACUCGGUGCCUUCAAAUCCAAUGAUGCACGACCCUAGAGGGAUGCAUUCCGAAGAUCUGCACGCGUGGUCUAUCUAUAGGCAAAACUUGAACUCAGACUUCACAGACAGCGCUUUAGGAAGCACAGACAAAAGUCCAUUGCCGUAUGGAAAUUUUCAGCUGAGGGAUACUACCGUGCAGUCAAUACUAUCCCAUCCUCGCUAUGGACCUAAAUCAGCUCUCGGUUCGAACAUGUACACGUAUCUCAAAUUUGGGCUACCACGAGUGUUUCCGCCGAAUCACAACGGCUCGCAAAGAUCUGGCACACCAAAGCCGAAAACUUCGAUAGGCAGCGGCAUGAAACCGGUACAAAGAAUACACCGACAGAGCAGAGGAGUUCGGGAAACGUCUUCAGGUUAUGACAGCUCCGACAACGAAACCACAGCUAACUACAACAAAUACAGCCGGAAGUAUCGAUCGGAUCCUGACUUUCGGAUGCAAAACCUUCAGUCUACUUAUCAGGCGAGUACUGGCGUGCCACUGGUAGCAAUGCACCAGGCGGGUAUCCGGGAGCCGCAGUGGGCCAACUCCCGGCACAAGUCUGUCAGCGAAGCCAACUUACUGGGCAUAGACGGACGACCGCAACGGACCCAAUACACAAACAGAAGAAACAGUGUUGCCGAUUUCGUUCCGGACGGAGAUCAUCACAGUUAUCUGCUGCCGUCUUCGCACCUCGGUGGAAGGAUGUCGAAGGCCGGUAGUCACAUGUCGGUAGCGCACUCCAGGAAGCACUCUACACUGAGGCCCGGAGAUCAACUCGACGGAUAUGCACAUUCAGCUUACAUUUACCCGAAUUAUUACGUGAACAGUUUAGAAAUAACGUCACCGGAAAACAAAUCAACGCUCGUGGUGUCAGGGUUGAGUUUCGAAGUGAAGUGUGGCGAGAUUCUCGCAGUGCUGGCGACCGCUCAGCAUGAGGCGACGGGACUAUUGGACGUUCUAGCUGGAGUUCGGAAGAAACUAUCCGGCGAUAUAGUGAUCAAUGGGCAGCCUGUAGCUUCGUCUACGCUUAGGAAAGUGGUAGCAUACGUGAGGAAUGACACCGCGCUGUGCCCCACCAUGUCAGUGGAGCACACGUUGAGGUUUCAUGCCGCAUUGAGAAAGCCCAGGAACACGCAUAGUCACGUUAAAAUGGGUGACCGUGAUCGGAUAAAUCUUCUGAUAGAAGAGCUUGGUUUAGAACAAGUCAGGGACACGAACGUUGGGCGAUUGACUCGCUCGGAGAUCCGUAGACUGAAUGUUGCGUGUCAACUACUUUUGGACAUGGCUAUCCUUAUCUUAGACCAGCCUACGAAAGAGAUGGACAUAUUUGACACGUUCUUCUUGGUGGAGUAUCUUCGGAACUGGGCCAGCACCGGUCGUGUCGUGAUCAUGUCGUUACAUCCACCUACGUAUGAGAUUUUUGCCAUGUUGACUAAAGUUGUAUUAAUAUCAGCAGGUCGAACAAUGUUCAGCGGUUACAGACGGGAUAUGUUGCCAUAUUUCUCAUCCAUCGAUUAUCCCUGCCCUGCCUUCAAGAACCCAUCGGACUAUUAUUUGGACCUGGUGACCCUGGAUGAGUUGUCAGCGGCGGCGCUACUCGAGUCCUCGGGCCGCAUCGAGGCGCUGAGCGCUGCCCGGCCCGCCACUCGCGCCGCCCCGCCCCCCGCCGCGCCCCUCCCGGCGCCCCGACACCCGCCCGCGCCGCACGUGCAGAUACUCGCACUACUGCAAAAAACUUUAGUAUUCACUCAAGUUUCGACAUUAUCGAAUAUCAUCACGCGAGUCCUCAUAGCUGCUAUUAUAUCUAUUAUCACCGGAACCAUCUUCUGGGACCUGCCAUCCACCGACCCUAAGUUAACACAGAACGACAGAAUAGGAUUUCACUACACGGUGAUGUGUUUGUCUGCUUGGCCGGUGUUGCUGUGGCUCGGCGCCAGGGAGGCCAGUUCGAUGAGGAAGCACGUCGAGAGAGAUAUCGCUGUAGGACUUUACUCCAGGACCGUGUUUAUAUUAUACGAUCAAUUUAUCGAAGUACUUUCAGCGAUAUUGACCUGGCUAGCAUACUUGGUCCCAAGCUAUGCCAUGUCGGGACUGUAUGCACCCACACCAGGUGCCUUCGACGCCUUCUAUAUCUAUUUAGGAUGCAUGGUGUUAUUUUUCAUCAACAUCCAAAUGGUGUGUCGAGCAACGAUAUUCCUGGUUCCGAUGGAGAAGACGGCCUCAGUGAUAGCUGGCGUAUGUCUCCUGCUCGGCACCUUGGUGAACGGCGUGAUGAUACAGCAAGCGGAUCUGCCUUAUUACGUUAAAUGGCUGCAAUACGUGUCUCCGUCGAGGUGGACGAUACCGGAGAUAUUGAGGAGGGAACUAAGCGAAACGGUUUUGAGGAACAGCAUCAGUAAAGAUCUCAGAUGUACCAAUAAACAGAGGCCGUAUCCCGAUAUAAUAGUACAAUCGCCGUGUCCGCCGCCGAAUGGAACUCAGGUGCUCUCCAACUACGGGUACCUUCGCGCGGACAACCUCUGGGAGCAAACGGACGACAGAUUCCUGAUCGCGCUGACCGUAUUCUACGCGGUGUUCUCGCUGAUUGCGAUAAUCGCUUUUGUCGCCGACUGCCCCAGUUAUAGGAGAAGCAAAGAACGGAACAGUAUGAAAGGACACAAGGUAACAGUUAACACUCCAUGAGGGUACUUACUAAGCUAGGAGCGCUCAUUCGAAAUAGCAAAAUUGUAUAUCAAACAUUUGCCAUAUACUGGGUGUUAGGAGACCGUUUCCGAAAACGAAGACAGACGAUAGUACUAAUGACACCUUUGAUGAUGGAGUUGUUUAGAAAAAUGUUGUAAAUAAGUAUUUGUGCGAUCGCGCGAGUCUGCGCCGCGCCCUAUCGUUCGUUGAUCCGAGCAUCAGCUGUUUUUGAUUUUGUGUUUCAUUGCUGGUUUUUUUUUUAGUAAAGUAAUGUAUUUUUUGUGAAACUAUCGUUUCAUUUAGCUGUACUAACAUUAUGGAGCGUAAAUAAUGCUAAUAAAACGUUAUAAAAAUAUGUUUUUUUUUAAAUAAGAAUCUUUUUUUUCCGUCCCAUCAUCAAAGGUGUCAUUAGUACUAUCGUCUGUCUUCGUUUUCGGAAGCGGUCUCCUAACACUCCGUAUACUCAAGCAAAAUUAAAUAUACAGGGUUACUAAUAGUGAGUUAGAUCGCCCGUCAUCUGAUUCGUAAUUGUGUUACAUUGCGUGCAAUGCAAAACAUUAGCUAUUAAAAAAGAAAUAAAAAAACAUUUUGGUUUAAGGAACGAUUCCAAACGAUUUCUUGUAUAUGAUUGAAACCUACAAAUCAACUCCGAAUCAUAAAAGUAAUAUUUUGCAAUACUUACCAUAUUAAAUUACAAAAAACUUUGUCUAUGAUAAUUUUUCCAUCACGUAAAUUCAUUUAGAUUAAAAAUAAAAGUGUUAAGAGACAAAAUAAAAAACAAAAAUGUACAAAAUAGUAAGCGAUCACGAUAAACAAUUAAUAUUAGUUAUUAUCGAAAUGCAUUUUAUUUUAUUGUAUUAAUGUAAGCUCGCAAAUACACCUAAGUCUUUGAUGGCAUGCCAGUGGCGGUAUUCUGUAAAGCCAUCGAUAACUAUACAACUAUGAUUAAAGUACAUUAUCACAAUUAGAUUUAGUGUACCUAUAUUACUUUAACACGCUUUUAAUAUCUUGAUGUAUUUCUAUCUAUUUAUAUAAUCGAAUAUUUCAACGUAUUUUUCACUAACCUUACGAAGUCCCAUUAGCUUUAAAAUUGGUCCACGUCUCAAUUAUCUAUGACGAUACAAUAAUUACUUUGACCUGAUACACUGAUCAGGAUAAAAAGGGAUUAAAGCGUGUUUGUUUUUUUAAAUUUUUAAACUACCCGCAUAUAUUCAUUCUUCAUUAAGUUUCGUUUUUGAAACUAUCUCUACUCAAUACUUCUUUACCUUUCUUUUUCUACCUCUUUGUGUAUAGAAAAGUAGUCUGAGGUAUCUUAUAUAUUAGUUAGGACGAUAAUUUUUGAAGUGAAACUUCCUUAUCGGCGUUGGAAAAAAAUUUACCGUCACAUUUUUCGGUUACGCGUCACUUUUUUCCGUUACGCGCCAUCUGUUUUGUAUUCAUGUCUAUGAUAAUAAAAUCCUUUUGUUUAAACUUUAUCUAAUUUAACUUUUUUGUAUUCAUGUCUAUGAUAAUAAAAUCCUUUUGUUUAAACUUUAUCUAAUUUAACUUUAUUUAACCAAUUUCUAGAAAGUUGCAUGUAGAUCAUUUUUCGAAAAAUAAGGCCAUAAACAAGUUUCACUUCUUACGUGUGUACACUAGUACACGCACACAUUUUUUUUGAAGUGAAACUUCCUUAUCGGCGUUGGAAAAAAAUUUACCGUCACAUUUUUCGGUUACGCGUCACUUUUUUCCGUUACGCGCCAUCUGUUUUGUAUUCAUGUCUAUGAUAAUAAAAUCCUUUUGUUUAAACUUUAUCUAAUUUAACUUUUUUGUAUUCAUGUCUAUGAUAAUAAAAUCCUUUUGUUCAAACUUUAUCUAAUUUAACUUUAUUUAACCAAUUUCUAGAAAGUUGCAUGUAGAUCAUUUUUCGAAAAAUAAGGCCAUAAACAAGUUUCACUUCUUACGUGUGUACACUAGUACACGCACACAUUUUUUUUUUUUUAUGAAACUGUGUACCCUUCCCUUAUACUCAGUAGGUACUUAAUUGAAGUUAUGCUUAAAAUGUGAUUCGAUUAAUCGAAAGAUCUACCGAUAUAAAGUGAAACGAUUAAUUUUAAUUGCGUUUUGAGAAAAAAAUAACGUAUUUUUAUAUAUUUUAUAAAACAAAUCUAGUUUUAAUGAUCUAUUGUUAUUAUAAGUUAAAAAGUAUUCGAUUACCAUUAUGAUUUGCAUUUCGUUUUUAAUUAUUGAAAAUAAUGGAAAAGAAAUAUGGUGUAACUUGUCUUCAUAUACUAAAACGUGUUAUUAGUAUAAAAAAAAUCCAAUAACUUCGAUUAUAAAUUAGACUUGAUUUAUAAUUUAUCGAAUUACUAAGCGUUAGUAUUUUAAUAUAGAAACCCUUAGUUGAACAUUGAAACCAGUUGUAUUUAUUGACGAAAAGUAAAAAAAAUAAUAUUAACACUUUAUUGUGAACUGGUCUUUAUAAUAUUAUAUAUUAAUUAAAAAUAGAGAAUUUAGUAUUUAGAAAGUGGAGCCAUAUCACUUAAUUAUAAAGUGUAAUUUUAAGUUACCCGUUAUAAAAUUAUAAGAUGAUAAUAAAUGAAAUACAUGUAA